AUUCAUUCCAAACGUUUGAUGGAAUGUUAUCGGUAACAAGUGUUUAUAUACCCAAACAAGUUUGGCGAAAUAUAUCAACGGUUUUGAAUACCGUAUGAUCACUGAGUCGUGCUACCACUCAUUCAUUAAACAAUCAUGGCUGUACAGAGAGUGAAAUUCACGAUGUGCAAUAUCAUCCUCCAGCUGACCUCGAUGCCAAUGGAUGGGGCUGGAGUACACCUACUGACCUAGGUAGAUUGGCGGAUGUUCACCCUGAUAUUUACAUGCAUAUAUGAGUUCUAAGUGUACGGAUUUGAUUCACUGAUUGACACGUUCAUGUCAAUCCUUAACCUAUAAGGUUUAGUGUCGAUCUUUGCGUCUCUUUGGAAACAUGCAAACAUGCAAACAUGAAAAUAUCCAAAUAUCCAAACACGGAAGUCAAUCAUAUUACCUACUUCACAACCACAAAUAGGGGGCUACAUUCGUCAUUCCAAUGAUACAUUCUCUUCUCCCGAUUGAAAUCCCUUAAAAUUUUAGCAAGAAACAGAGAAGGCCCAUCAUGGCGCCCGUCCCAGCUCAACUCCGAGAUGAUAUCAAGACCCGUUUGGAGAAGGUCAUAGAAGAAUUAGAAGCACAUCCCUCCUGGAGCUCGCACAAGCCAAGUCCAAGUCUCUUCUUUCUCUGGGAUUUUGUAAAGCGUGGUCGCUACAUGCUUCUCGAAUACGAUAACAUUCUAAAUGGACGUCCUCUCCAACAUGUCGAUCAAUUCAGCACAGGAUCACCAGGCACAGGUGAAAAUGCUGCAUUGAAGGUAUUUCAAGAAGUGUGUGCACGAACCUUGAUGCUGAAGAUGAUUGUCACCGACACAACCGGUCGAUUGAAAAUGAUGAUGGGAAGCGCUGGCCCCUCAGUCGAUUUUGGCGAAAAUGUCAGGCAAGCAGUUAGAGAGUUAGAGGCUGUUAUUCCAAAGGAACACAUGGUGGCUGGUAUGGACGACUGAGACUAUGAGGAUAAUUUUGACAGAAGAGGGAGGAGCUCUAUUGUUUCGGUGAAGUUCUCUAUUUCAAUUCAAACAGUCUAUCGAUACUCCACUCUGAUUUGAAUCUUCAAGAGAAUGAGAUUGCCACAAAUUAAACGUCUGAGGCAUCUGGAAUUUCAUCAGAUUGAGGCCGGCCUGAUCCCGACUUAUUAUCACCUCCCAUGCAAUGUAAAAGUCUUUCCGGUGUUGUAAUGGUAUCAACCUCGCCGUAUGUCCCCUGAUUUGUGUCAUCAGCGGGGUUUUUUGUCAACACAUUGAACAUGGAAAUCAUUGCACUCUCUUUUACUUGCAAUCAUCCACACACAGUGUUGCAGAAAGCUCGUUUAUUCCAAGUCUAGGUGUUCAUGAAAUCCAGCGCAACAACUUAUCCGGAUUUGUCUGUCGGCUUUAUUGCUGUCAAAUUAUCCUUGAAAUGCUGAAUACAUCAAUGGUGAAAACAGUUCAUUUUAGAGCUGCUUCACAUCCCUGGGUAAAGUGUAGGCAGAUUGUCUGCAAGCUGACAAAGGUAUGUCUCGUCUGCAAUCAAGCUCGCUAUGUAGGUAGAUUGUAUGUGCAUCAUCAUACAAUUCCCCUUUUUUGUUAAUCCAGCUUCUGGGGUUGC